AUGUCGCACGCAAAGGUUCUUAUUCCGGUGAAAAUAAGUGAUGAAGUGCUCAACAGACGGCACGGAUGGAUCGAAUUUAUUUGCGUGACAGAUGACCUCAGGAUGUGGCUGAUCCUCGUGGAUCAUGAGGAGCGAACUCAUCCUGAUAUCACAGUCACGGAUUUACAUGUCAGUCUUCGAAAAGCCAAGAACCCGAUGCCUACUGCUGCUUUAUGGCUCCAAAAUGAUUUUCUAGCUAAAGGAGUCCGAAGGAACGAAACCAACACCACGAAAAAUAGCAAGGUCCUGGCGCACAGUGGGAAAAAUGGACGCAACGGUGUAGCAAGCAUCCUCUACGACGGAGAUCAUAUCAUCACCUGUGGUAACGAUGGGACAAUUAAGAAAUGGGAAAUGGACGACGGGCAGUUGAGGCAGACUAGCAGCAUCCGCUUGAAGAUUGAGAGUCCAAUCGCAUUCCUAGAGAGGGUCGAAGAGAUAAUCUACUUUGGCCACACGGGCGCCGAUUUCGUGCUUUUCCAAGGAGAUCACGAGCUAUUCAGAUGCAAUACUGGUGGUCGCCAUCGUCAGGCGAGCUUUGUCUACUCCACAGCGAAUGACAGGCCACAUUCACUUGUAUAUCUAAAUAAAGGUCGCGUGCAUCUGCUGGAAUUGGCGGCAGAGUCGAUCGAAACGAAAACUGUUGACGGAUGCGGGCAUUUUGGACUAAUUAACUCGAUCGAAGUAAGACCCUGGAAAAACGACUGGAAACUCCAACCACUGAAAGUAACUACGAGUGAUGACUGCUCAAUCCGAAUCGGUAAAACGAAAUUUCCGAGGCCAGUAACUAUGUGUGGCUCGGCUACCAUAAAUGUUGCUGGGACAGCACUUCACUACUUAGUUGCUGGGUUUGGAUCCAAAGGACACGUUUCAGUUUUUACUUACAAACGAAGAGAUGGCAUCGAUAUCAUAGUUGAGCUCUUACCGAAGUUGCCGAGCUUUCAAGAGGCCAAGAAAAGAAAGCAUGAAGAUACUCUUGGGAAAAUCACCUGUGGCGCCUUCUGGGUAGCAGAUAAAAAGACUUUUCUUAUUGUAUUUUCUUCCACGCAACAUGCUACUGUCUAUAAUGUGGAUAUAGAUAACCGUUUCUUCGAGGAGUACUUUUCUUUCGAUUUGAACGGUUCGCAUUGCCCACUCUCUGUGGCUGUUUACAACAAUCAGAGGCUUGCGAUGACAGAUUCAGGUGGCUUCUUCAAAGUUUAUUUCCUCAAGGAACUCGAGGAGAAAAUAAGCAAUUCAUCAGAUCAUAGAGUAGAUGACGCAGCAAUACAGACCUUUUCGACGACGAAUGGAAAGUCGUUCGUUUUGGGAGGCGAUGCUGGAAAAUUACUUACUGUGGAGCCGCAGCCAGAGCUGAAAAUCAAGGAACUACCACUGUCUGCUUGCGGUAUCGUAAGAUUGCGAUUCCGAAGAAAUCAGCUUUGGGCACUGACGAUCGAUCAACGAAUUCAUCACUACGACGAGCACCUUAAAUUCGUCGAAGCAUUCUACACCCACGUCGCCGACCCGAGCGACUUUGCCUUUGACAGUGAGUGUUCUCUCUGCAUCGUCGGUCAAGGAAUGCAAACCAUUCGUUUCUAA